ACGUGAAUGCUGGGGGAGCUGCAUGCCUAAUUAAGGGAUUUGGGAAGGAGGGAGCCCAUGUGUUAAUAUAAGAGUGAGAGAACACAAGACAGCGAUGAGGGAGACAGGUGGCAGUGGGAGAGCAGUUGAGCUCGCCACAGGGACAGAGAUAGGGUAUGACCAAAUACACAUUUUAUAUAGAAAAAGAGUGAGAAAGGAGAAACCUUUAAAGAAGAAAUGUGCAUGAAAUUAGAUGGAUGGAACAAAAGCAAAUAAGAUACAUGCACUUAAUUGCCUUUGUUUUUUUUGCAUUUAUGGUAAACAUUUUAUGCACACAAGUAGACAAGUGGCAAUUCCUGGCUGUGGUGUGUCUUAAUAGUAACCUUUUGUUUCAUUGCAAGCUGAUAGCGUGUUUUGUUUGUGUAUGUGUGCACACACUCGUCUCAGUAUCAGUAAUUGUUUGUUAUGUCACUGUGUUUUCAGCUAGACUGGCUGGACGGAUGGAGUUACAGUACAUCCCCAAACAAAUGAUAGUCCUUCAAACAGAUGUAAAAUUCAUAAUAUUACACGUUAUGAGGAUUAAUUAAACUUUAUUGAAAAUUCCAAUGAAUGCCAGAGUAUUUAUCUAUUUAGAAGACCCAAGGAUACUUAUACCUGGUCUACUGCACAAAACCUGGUUGUCACAGCGACGUCAAACAGAAAGAGAACACCUGCUACACUGAUCCUGUUAUAUUAGACACAUGGACACUACUGCUGUAAAAUGACUGAUGACUGAAGUCUUAUAUGCCUCAUCUUGUGUAAAAACACUGCAAAUAACAGCCUUCCCUGACAAAAACUGAAUUACCGGAUACAUUGCCACGAGGAACAUUUUAAACCAAGGCAAAGCAAAAAAACUAAAGUGAGCUACAGCUUCUUUCCGCUUCUCCUCUUUGCAGUAUGCCAGAGAAAGUGUGCAAGUUUCAAGGUCAGUGUUAUCAUAAGCUGAAGAGAUCAUGUCUGAGGCGAGGGGCUCUGUUCCAGGAUCCAUUCUUUCCUCCUUCAGCUGAGUCACUGUUCUACAAAAGGACGCCCCCUCCAGGACUGAUGUGGAAGAGACCUAGGGAACUGUGUAAAGAUCCUCGACUAUUUGUGGAUGGAAUCAGCACAAGGGACCUGCACCAGGGCAGUCUGGGUAACUGCUGGAUGGUGGCCGCCACAUCAUGUUUGGCAGCAGAAUCAUUGCUCUGGAAGAAGGUGAUCCCAGACCAUGCUGAACAGGAGUGGCACCCAAAGCGACCGGAUCUGUAUGCUGGAAUUUUUCACUUCCGUUUCUGGAGACUGGGCCAGUGGACAGAUGUCGUGGUCGAUGACCGCUUACCAGUCAGUGAGGAUGGAACGCUGCUCUUCUGCCGUUCUGCAACUCCACGGGAAUUCUGGAGCGCCUUGUUGGAGAAAGCCUAUGCCAAGAUAAAUGGGUGUUAUGAGGCUUUAGAGGGAGGCAAUACAGCUGAAGCCCUAGUUGAUUUUACUGGUGGCGUCUCUGAACCAUUGAAUUUGAACCAGGAGGAACUAAUCCAGCAUGUUGACCAGAGAAAAAUGCUGUUCCAGACACUAGCACACGCACAUAGCCAUAAAGCGCUCAUCACCUGUUCCAUUCGGCCAGCUGAAGGAGAGCAGGUAGAAUCAGUUCUGGACUGUGGACUGAUAAAGGGUCAUGCAUACGGUGUGACUGCAUUCAAAAAACUUCGAAUGUCAGAGACUCUGAAUGGCAUGUGUAACGCAACUCGUUUGCACAUGGUCCGGAUGAGGAACCCUUGGGGCACAGCAGACUGGACAGGAGCGUGGAGUCUUGGAUCGCCUCAGUGGCAGCAGCUGAGCCGCAGAGAACGGGAUAAGAUGGGCCUUGUUGUCCGAGAUGUUGGAGAGUUUUGGAUGGAGUUUGAGGACUUCUGCCGUUACUUCACAGACAUGGUGGUUUGCAGGUUGGCGGAAAAAUCCCUCCUCUGGCCACGGACCCACUGGAGGGAGGUGUGCUGCCAGGGCGCUUGGACCUAUGCAUCUGGGAUCCAACCUCCUCCCACAUCUUCUUGUCAUCUGAACAUCAAGAACCAGAGGCCUUCAACCGGACUCCAAUGGUCUAAACAAAGGCCAGCUCAAAGACAAGACAAAAAGGAACAAAGACUGAGUGAAAGGCAGAAAGAGGGACAAAUCCAAGGCCAAAAACAGAAAAAGAAAGAAAUAAAACCAAAGCAAAUUAAGGGGAGAAGGGAGCAUGUGAAAGAACAGGUAGAAGGCAUGGAAAUGAGAUGGGAGAGGCAACUUGACAGAAGAAGUCGAUGUGGAGGGUGUAUCAAUCACAGAGACACAUUUCUAUACAACCCACAGUUCCUUUUUGAACUGGUUGGAGAUGGGGCAGAGGUCUUGAUAUGUUUGCAACAGGAGGACAGGAGGAUGAAAAGGAGGGAGGGAAGUGGGGAGAACUUACCAAUCGGCUUUGAGGUUCUAAGGGUGGAGGUGAAUCGUGUUUGUCGUGUACAGUGUUUAUGUGAGCAGGCUGCUAGCUCUGUGUAUAUGGACUCUCGUAGCGUUACUCUGCGAGUGACUCUUGGCCCGGGACGCUAUGUUAUCCUCCCCACUACUUUCCUGCCUGGAGCCACUGGUCGCUUCCUUCUGCGUUUUUUCUCCCACUCACAUGUGUGCCUCAGGGAGUUGAAGGAAGAGCUGCCUGCUCCUUCAUUGUGGCAGUGUUGUUUUCCUGAGCCCAGCGUUGUAACGACAGUCCAUCUGCUCAAAGCCUCUGGCCUUAGCCAUCCCAAACAAACAGCUCCUGAUGUAUAUGCUGUCAUCCGUUGCGAGGAAGACUCUGUAAGGACAAACAUUUUCAAAAACGAUGGAAGUCCUGAAUUUAACACCAAGGCCAUCUUUUAUAACAGGAACCCAAUGUCCAAAAUAUCCAUUGAGCUGUGGAAAAGAGGUUUGCUGUUGGACACGCUCCUGGGAGGAGCACGAAUUCAGACAGGAGGACAUGAACGCUGUCAAAACAGAGUGAUUGACUUGCAGGGUGGCCAAUCGCGAGGCUGUGUAUUUAUAGAGACUUCCUCCAGUCAGUGCCUGACAGACCUGUGACCUAGUCGAGGUAAUGACUGAAGAUAUAUUUUUCAGAGGACUGAUAAUCAGGAACAACUACAUUUCUGCCAUACUUCAGCAUAGAAGGGAAAACUUCUGGAGCAACCUGGGGUUAUGUGCUUUGCUCAAGGGCUUACAGUGAUGGAUGAAAUUCAAUGUAUCUGCUGGACAGAUAAUGAAAAAUAUGAAAGUCUUGGAUUAUUUUACUAGACAAAUGCUGAUAAUGUAGAAAAGUUAUGCAACAACUGACAUAAUGGCUUAUUCCAAAUGCUGGACAAAUAGAAUUACCAAAUAUAACUGCAGUAUGAAUUAAAUCUGCUAUUCGUUUUGAUGCUUUGACUCAGUGUUAAUGGUCGAUUCUGAUAUCUCAGUAAGUCUUAAAGGGCUCACAUAGUCAACAGAAUGCAAAAACUGCAUUUCAGUACUGUGACCUUUAAUAAAUGCACAGUGAACGCUUCUUUUGGAAACAGGUCAUGCGUUUCCCUGAGUAAUAUUGUUUGAUUUGCGUAGGCAUUAUGGAUCUAAAGCAAACA